AUGUUUCCUUUGCCACCGGAUGUCAAGAAACAUGCUUCAUGGCGAGGAUGGGGAUCUCGCUGGCGUGCAUCCGACACGUUUAUUCUGACUAGCAUGUCCAUGGCAUUAUUUACAGAUGAAAUGCUAUUCGCCUUCAUGGUCCCACUACUCCCUCACAUCUUCGAGGACCGCUUAGGGCUAGACAAAUCUCUCACUCAGCGCUUCACCUCUAUAUUUCUGGUCGAAGGCGCGUUAAUAUCUAUCGUCUCAAGCCCAUUUGUCGGGAAUAUAGCCGACCGGGCCAGCUCCAAGAAGGUGUUACUGCUGGUAUUGCUGGUGUUGACCCUGAUCAGUGUGUUAUGUCUAUCCAUCACUACAUCCCUGGCAUGGCUCUUCAUCGGUCGCUUCUUCCAAUGCAUCGUCAGCAACGCAUUAUUUAUCGUCGGCAUGGCCACAAUGGCCGAGAAUAUAGGUUCAGAACACAUGGGCAAGAUAGCAGGUCUGAGCUCGACCCUAACAUCAGCCGGUACAUGCUCCGGUCCCGUUAUCGCCGGCUUCCUUUUCGGCAUUGGAGGAUAUUGGACGGCAUGGGCUGGCGCGGCUCUGUUCCUCAUCGUGGACAUCAUUAUGCGUCUGCUCAUGAUCGAAAAACCGCAGAAACGCCGCGACGCCGAAUCUACAUGUGCGGAAGAUCAUAGCUAUUCCUCCGAAAGAGAACCGCUUUUGAAUGGAGGUCGGACAUCGAAUAUUGAAGAGAUCGGUGGUUGGCGCUUUUACCUAUUUCUUUUCCGACAGUCUCGCUUCACGGCGGGCAUUGUCUGCUACUUCGUGUUUGCGCUGUUUAUUGCCAGUUUCGAAUCUACGGUUGCGAUGCAUGUCAGGGACACUUUUGGCUGGGGCGUUUUUCCGGUCGGGCUUUUGUUUGCCUCUAUCCAGGGGCCCGGGAUGGUUUUGGCUCCUCUUGUGGGGUAUCUGAAAGACCGUGUGGGAUCAAGGGUUCCCACUAUGAUUGGGUUUAUCUCUGUUGCGCCUUUCUUCGGGCUUCUUGGAAUUGCUGGCGAUGAACGUUUUCCAUGGGCGACUGGUGGCACUAGAGGGAAGAUCGUGUAUGGCGUUUGCACGACUAUGAUCGGGUGUUUUAUGUGCUUGCUCAGCGGGGUUGGGACUAUGGAAGCAACUGAAACUGUUGAUGAGUUGGAGGACUUAUAUCCCGGUAUAUUUGGCCCUUAUGGUGGGUACUCGCGUGCUAUGGCAAUCACAAAUAUGAGCUGGAUGUCUGGUCUUCUGGUGGGACCCGUCCUGGCUGGAUUCAUGGUCGAACGGUUUGGAUAUUUCGAGCUGCAGUGUGUACUUGUUGCCACUUCCUUGUUGGCUAGUCUCAAUGCUGCGCUCAAUCUCAGUACAGCGAGUUCUGAAAAGAGCGAGUCUGAUAGUGACUCGGGAGCCGAGGAGGCGUAG